GGGAUUGCCGAUCCAUUUAUCAUCAUAUCCACAAAAGACGAAGAAGGUAUCGAAGCUCCCAAGGUCCUGGGUGAUAUUUAUGAGUCCGUGGCUGGUGCAGUGUUCUUGGACAGCGGUAUGGAUUUGACCAAGGUCUGGGAAGUGUACUACCGCAUGAUGCAACCUUACAUCGGUAUGACAUCAUUUUUCAAAGUUAGAUAAUGUCCCCUACUGGUGACGGGGCCGCCACUCCUUCGUGCAUUGUCACCCGAGCCCUAAAGGACUAGCCCCCUGCAAAGCAAAGGCGCUACCUUUUUCAUCAGUUUUUUUAAAGGCCUUGUAAUCAUGUCUGGAUUUGAGGAUCGAACGUGCAACCUCCCCCGGGAAGUACUUCUCCCAAAAAUUGGGCAGGGAGGAAAAUUUGUGGAUUGGCUCCGCUCAGGGUGCUAAAUUCUAAUUAAAAAUGACGCGACUAGAAUGGCUGCAGCACCUAGCCACAAUAUGAAGGGCACUAUUUGUUCGACAAAAGAAUAGUCCUUGACGCUAACGAAAACUGUUAGUGCGUGCAAAAGUACGUAGAACAUUCAAGGUUCAAACUGCGAAUUUUAGCCGCGCCCACAGAUUUUCUGACAAACGUCUCGUCAUUUUUUUAAUGGCCAGGUAUCCCCCUAGAAACGUCGCGCUCUGGGGACGAGCGGCGAGACGUCAGUGGUUUGAAAACUCGGUUCUAAAGUGUACGUCUCGUGACAAAUAAAAACUGUUACUGUUUACUUGUCCAUAUUGAUGCUUUUGCAUGUUACCAUAGUCAAACUCACUCAACAGAUUGCAACAUGAACCAUUACUAUUAUAGUAAAGAAAUACGUGUUUUGUUCUUUGUCAGACCACUACUCUGUAAACAUACCGAUCAAUCCCAUCAGGCGUGUGUACGAAGAGGACAACGAACGGGAAUUUAGGUACGUGGGGUAUUGAAAAUAUUCAUAUUCCUGUGUAGGACACACGAGGUAGUCCUGAAAUAAGGACCUUGUCGCUCUCAAUUCACACUGUUCUCUUUAUAGGGUUUACACUUUUUCUCGCUUCUGCACGAGUUCUUUAAAAGAUAAUAAUAAAAUCAGGCUCUUAGCUGUACAGGCAUUUAAGACCGAUACCGCAUUUAAGAGCGAUACACAUAAGCUUACCUGCCUCGUACCGCUUCACUGUUCGAGGAUUUGUGCUAGUUUAAGCAUUUUUGAAGACCCAAACUCUACUUUUCGUCUCCCAUCCCCAAUGUUGUGCCACUGUUCGAGCUACCUUUAGAAAACAACAAACACCCCAACUUUGAAUGGAGGGGACAGGGGAGGGGUGUGGAUUCUUAUGUUCUUUUGAGUCAAUGUCUCAACAAUUUUGUCGCCGAUUGUAGCUAUGUUUUAAUAGAUCUUGGGUAACGACCAAUUACAGCGCGCGUAACAUUCACAUCAUCAUUGUAUAAUUUGUAAGAUUCCUGUUCAUAUCUUUAGCAAAGCAGAAGUUCUGGCCGAUGGAAGGGUCAAGUGUACUUUACGAGUUUCCUGGGGCAAGUUCGAUGGUUAUGGCAAAAAUUCCAAAAUUGCCAAGGCUACCGCUGCAAAGCUGGCAGUGCAGGCGCUGGACAGGAGAGAUUCACCAGGAACAAGUCAAGGAAGUGGCUAA